AUGGUGUGCCCUAGCCGCCUCCUCUCCCGCCUCUCGCCUCUCUCGUUCACCAACGGCAACGACUUCCUCACCAACAGCGACUCCCUCACCGCCGCCCUCUCCCGCGUCAAAUCCAACCUCUCCUACUUCCGUACCAACUACGCCAUCCUCCUGUCCCUAACCCUAGCUUUCUCUCUCCUCUCCCACCCUUUCUCUCUCCUCCUCAUCCUCUCUCUCCUCUCCGCCUGGUGCUCUCUCUACCUCUUCCGCCCCUCGGAUCCCCCGCUUGUCCUCUUCGGCCGCCAGUUCUCCGAGCGUGAAACCCUAGGGGGGCUCGUUUUGCUGAGCGUGAUCGUGUUCUUUAUGACUUCAGUUGGAUCUCUACUGAUCUUGGCGGUGAUGAUCGGGUCUGGAGUUGGUUAG